UCCUUUAAUAUAAUUCUAGUACUCACAUUCUUAAUAUCCUCUCUCUCUCUCUCAAGAUCAAACUCCAUGGCUGACUUAGUGGUUGUUGGUGCUCUUCUUUCUGGUUUUAUCAAUGUCCUCUUUGAUAAGCUUGCUUCUGAACAAGUCCUUGACUUUUUUCGAAGAAGAAAACUCAAUCUCGAGCUGCUCGAAAAGUUGAAGACUAUGUUGAUAUCCACUAAUGUGUUGCUGAAUGAUGCUGAGGAGAAACAACUUGGAAACAACAACGUGAGGAAUUGGCUUGAUGAGCUUAAACAAGUAUUGUACGAAGCAAAUCACGUGAUGGACAAAAUCAGUACUGAAGCUCUGCGACGAGAGAUGGAGAAGGAUAAGCUCAAAAGCACAACAAGUAAGUCCUUGAGCUUAGUUAAAAAGUUUUAUAAUCCAUUUGAAAUAGCUGUGAAAUCUGAAAUAGAGAAGAUCCUUCGUAGAUUGAAGUUGCUUUUAGAUCAAACAAAACACCUUGGUUUACAAAAUGUUGACCAUAAAACAACUUUACAUAGACCACAUGCCCCUUUGUUAGAUGAUUCACAAGUUUAUGGAAGAGAGGGUGAUAAAGAGGCUAUUCUUAAGCUAUUGAUGUGUGAUGAUGAUGUUGACCCUAAGAUCUCUGUUAUUCCUAUAGUAGGGAUGGGUGGAAUUGGCAAAACUACUCUUGCUCAGAAUGUAUAUUAUGAUACUAGUGUCCAAGAACACUUUUCUUUGAAAGCAUGGGUAACUAUAUCUGACAAUUUCGAUGUUCUUAAAAUAACAAAAAUUAUUUUGGAGAAGAUCACUGAAAAAAGAUAUAAAACGAAUGAGCUCCAUCAACUUCAAAAAGACUUGAAUGAUGUUUUGGCUGGGAAGAAAUUUCUUUUUGUUCACGAUGAUGUAUGGAAUGAAAAUUACGAGUUGUGGGAUCUUUUGAAAAGCUCUUUUCAAUCUUGCGCACGAGGAAGUAAGAUUAUUGUCACCACACGUAAUGAAGAUGUCGCACUGAAGAUGAAGACCAGAGAUGUUCAAACUUACCAGCUUAAAAAGAUGUCUGAUGAUGAAUGUUGGAAGUUAUUUGCAGAUCAUGCAUUUGAUAAUGUAGGCUCUAACGAGGUGGUGUUGUCCGAGUUCCAAGAAAUUGGAAGAGAAAUUGUUAACAAGUGUAAGGGCCUUCCUUUAGCUGUAAAGUCGAUGGCUGGUCUUUUACGAUCUAUGUCAACUCCUGUCGAGUGGAGACAUGUACUGCUGAGUGAUGUGUGGGAGUUUCCCAAUUCUCACAAUAUCGAAAUUGUUCCAGCUUUGUGGUUGAGUUACCGACUUCUGCCUUCUUAUUUAAAACCAUGUUUUUCCUAUCUUUCAAUAUUUCCCAAAGACUACAAUUUUGGUGAUAUUGAUAGAGAAAAACUGAUUUUAAUAUGGAUGGCAGAAGGCCUUUUGAAACCUCAAAAAGAAAAAAGAAUUGAAGAUGUUGGAGAAGACUACUUGAAUGCUUUAAUAGCAAGAUCAUUUUUUCAAAGAAACACAAGAGAUCAUUCUCUUUUUAUGCAUGAUCUGAUGCAUGAUCUAGCUAUGUAUGUAUCAAGUCAAUGUUGUUUUAUUUAUGAUAGUUGUAAGGACUUGCACAAGCCUAGUAGCAAAACUCAUCAUCUAUCAUACAUGAAAGACUUGAAAGAUACAAUACAGUUUGACAGCUUGUCUAGAGUGAAGCAUUUGCGUAGCGUGUUGGCUUUACCAAUGUCAGUGAUAUACUCUACAAGAAAGACCAGCUUAACACAUGAAAUUGUUGUAAAGGAUGGAGGAUGCUUAAGAGCACUUUCUUUAUCAGAAUCUUAUAUCCAAGAGUUGCCUAAUUCAAUUGGAAAUUUAAAAUAUCUCAGGUAUUUGGAUGUAGGCGGCACAGCAAUAAAAGAACUACCUGCUUCAAUUUGUGUGUUGUACAAUUUGGAAACAUUGGUAUUGACAUAUUGUAAAACACUCACACAAUUACCCACCAACAUUUCAAAGUUAAUCAACCUGCGCCAUUUAAUGAUGAGAGACACUUGUUUGAAAGAGAUGCCGCCAAGGAUUUGUGAUAUGAUGAAUCUUCAAACGUUGAGUGAUUUUGUUUUGUGUGAAAAUGACGGAUCUAGGAUCAAAGAGCUGAGUAAGUUGGAGAAUUUGCAUGGAAGCUUGCAGAUUUCAGGCCUUGUACAUGUUAAGGAAGUGAGUGAUGUUUUGGAAGGGAACUUGAAGAACAAAAAGAAUUUGACUGAGCUUAUUUUAAGAUGGAACGGUGAAGCAGAUGAUCCAGGAAAAGAAAGAGAAGUACUUAAUGCACUCCAACCACAUGAGAAUUUGAAGAAACUGAAAAUACAAGGUUAUAACGGCACAAACUUACCAGAUUGGGUAACACAAGCAUCAUUCUCUACUUUGGAAGAGGUUUAUCUAGAAUGUAAAAAUUGUUGCUUGUCUUUGUUAUCAUUUCAGCUACGACGUUCACUGAGAUAUCUUCAUAUAGCCUGUUGUCGAAGUGAUAUUCAGGGUAUUUCCUUAAAUAAGCCAUUUCCACUCUUAGCAAGAUUAGAGCUCGACGGAAUAACUACAUUGGACUGGUCUUUUACAAAUACAAGUGACCAAACAUGUGAGAUUUUUCCUUGCUUGAAGAAAUUAUAUCUAAGAAGUUGUGGGAAGAUAAAUAUGGCAUUACCUAUAGGUAACUUUCCAUCUUUAGAAUAUUUUGAAAUUCAAGAUUGUGAUGAAUUGGUGACUAUAUUUCCACCAAGUAACACUCAUAUUGAUGUUGCAUAUCCCUCCCUUAAAAAUUUGGUCAUAUAUACUUGUUCAAGGUUGGAGUCAUUUUCAGAAUUAGGAUUAUUGCCCUUUACUUUGAAACGUUUAUAUAUCACAGCAUGUGAUGUGCUCAUAGAAAAUCGCAUAAAAUGGAAUUUACAAAGACUCUCAUCGUUGACUGAGUUAGAACUUUGGUAUUAUGAAGGAGCCAUGGAUUCAUUUCCUGAAGAAUUGUUACUUCCACCAUCUUUAAGUUAUCUGAUGAUCGGUAGAUUUGAUAAGCUUACAACUCUGAAUGGCAAAGGUUUUCGCCGCCUCACUUCACUUCAACGAUUGGAACUUCUUGACUUGAGCAAGCUCGAGUGCUUACCAGAAGAAGGACUGCCCCAAACUCUUACUACUUUGAGGAUAGAACAAUGUCCUCUGUUAAGUGACAGGUGCAAGGAAAGAAUAGGGGAAGAUUGGCCCAAGAUUCAACACAUACCUAUCAUAUACAUAUCUUAGUAAUAAUGAGUCUCUUUUACUCAACAGAUCAAUGAGCUUCUUCAACUUUUAUCUCUUGAUGCUGCUGAUCUUGCCUUCAUGGGAAAUGUCUUUGGCUCGACUUUCAGAGGGUUGUCCCGUUUACUUGAUGUUGUUACGUUAGUUGGAUAGUUGGAUAGUUUGUCAUUUGUCUUAAAGAGUCUUUACAAACAUUGUUAGGUUAAUGUUCGAGUGAAACCUAUGGUGUGCUUAGAAUAAUAAUCUUGUACAUGAAGUGUAAUAGUUAUGCACUAAUUGCACUUUUUGUCUUUGGUUUGUGAGUGAUUUUCUUUUUUUUUUUUUUUUUUGGUUUAUCUUUACUUCUGCUGUGUUGUGUGAGAUUUGUAUUUUUUUUUUCUUUUGUUUUUGUGUUGUUUGUUACCACAAUAUUCUUCCGAGAGGAUUUUCAAUAAACUCGAAAAGAGAUCUUUAAUGGACA